AGUGGAACAAACCGGGUGGAAUGUAGGCCAGCGACGCGUCUGCGAGACUGUGCACCCGCCCUGCCCUGCCCGUCGUGCGCGGCUCGCGAGCGGUGAAAGCACGGAUAGCCGAAUAUUUGUGCCUCGAGGUGGGUGUUCGUGCAGUGCGCUCAGUCGUCGUCCCUUCGUUCGUGGACGAGAAGAGCCAGCGGUGUGUUGUGUUGCGGUGAGUUGUGAUGCGAGCCGACAAAGUGCGCGUGAGUGGCGACGACUUCGCGCGAAAAGAUGGAGUGUGAGCGUUUCAGUGCGGGAAGUUGCGAAGCCAGCUCCGGCGGCGCCAUACUUUCUUCGAGGUCUCCGCUUCGGCCGUGCGCGCGCCAGCACCAACGAUGACGGCGGUCGGCGGAUUCAGUUUGACGGCUGUCUUCGUGACGGCGGUGGGCCUACUGCUGGGCAGUGUGACGUGCGAAGACACUCACGAGGGCCUGUACAUCGGCAAGAUCAACACGUACGCGCAUCAGGUGUCCGGUCACGUGUACGCCAUCGACGAGUACACGAUCCUCAUCAAGAACUUCUUCUACGACGGCCUGGGUCAGGACGCGUUCUUCUGGGCCGGAUCCAGCGUGCGUCCCAGCAACGUCGGUUUCAUCGUUCCCGAUGAAGAAGGGAAGACGAACAAGCUGCAGCCGUACACGGACAAGGACAUAUACCUGCAGCUUCCCAACCGGCGCAAGAUUACCAGCAUUCGCUGGUUCGCCGUGUGGAACCUGCGGGAGCACGCCAACUACGGCGACAUCUUUUUUCCCGAGGGUUUCGAGCCGCCCUCACCGAGACGGAUAUCGGAGUUCUCCCGGCGCGGCGCCGGCGUCCGUUCCGGCACGGUCGUGAUCGUGGAUUCUAAGACCAUCGAAAUCCCGGACUUUCACUUCAGCGGAAACGUCUCCGACACGUACUUCUGGGUCGGCCUCGGGCCGCAACCGAACAGCGCUGGCCAGAAGGUCCCCGAUGAGAAAGGGUACCUGGAACCGCUCGGCCGCUACGAGGAGAAGACCAUUGAGCUGACACUGCCAGGAAAGAUGACCGUCUUCGACAUCGAUUGGCUGAGCGUGUGGAACACGGAGCUGAACGAGAACUACGGAUCGGUGAUCGUGCCACACGGCCAGGACAUCCCGCCUUCGCAGCUGGGAUCGAUGGAGCACGAAUCUCGCCUGCCCAACUGCGAGCAGCUGCACGCGAUCCUGCAGCUCCGCUGGGAGAUCCAGGGCCGCAGCAUCACGCUCCAGCUCACGGGGCAGAUCGAGGAGGACGAGUACAUCGCGUUCGGCAUCAGCGGCGCUGCCAACUCUUCGAAGAUGGUGGGCGCGGACGUGGCCGUCUGCUACAUCGACGGCCACUACGCCAACGCCGUCGACUACAACAUAUCGGACCGAUUCCCAUGUUCCAACGUGCUGGGCCGCUACCGGGGCGUCUGCCCCGACUUGAAGGUCGAAGGCAAAGAGAGCUACCAGAUCCUGACUUUCACGCGCAAGGACGGGCUCACGAGUUUCGUCUAUCGCCGGACGCUUCUCAACCCGGACGACGACGGGGACCAGAUCUUCAACCCCGACGGUGACACCUACCUUGUCUGGGCCAUCGGCAAGUACAACGAGCACAAGGAACCAUCGUUCCAUCACAUGUUCCCGAGGGGCAACCUGAAGAUCAACUUCGGCAGGAAGGAGGCCGCCGACAACUGCUUCGAGUUCAUCACGGGUCAGAAACGCAAGAAGCCCGAGCCCUGGCCCACGUUCCGCAUCCGGGACAAAGCGGUGGACACAUUCGUCGCCAGAAUCGGGCCGGCCGGUCUGUGGAAGGGCUACAUGGGCAUCACGGGCCGCAGCAGUCCCGGCGAGAGCUGGUACAUGAACGGCGUGCUCGUGCCCGAGAUUCACGUGCAGCGGGGCCACGCGUACACGUUCCGCGUGGAAGGGGGCAACAACCCGCACAACGCGCGCUACUACCACCCGCUGUACAUCACCGACAGCCCCGCCGGCGGUUACGCGAGGCUCACCGAGAAGGAGAGGCAGGGAGUCAAGAUCUACGCCGGCAUCCAGUUCGACCGCAGGGGCCGCCCGCAGCCGAGCGCGGCGGGCCGGCUCUGCGCCUGGCUCUACAACACCUCAGAGGCCCGGCAAGCGGACGAGUUCGCCAGCUUCCCCAAGUUUAGGAACACGUUGCGUUUGCAGUGCGACGACGGUCAACCCGCGGUGCUGUCGUGGAUGCCCAACGACAGCACGCCGGACGUAGUGUACUACCAGAGCUACACGACGCCCAACGUGGGCUGGAAGAUCGUCGUCUUGGACGAGAUAGUCACGGGCAGUGCUGCCGUCUCGUGGAACCGAAUGUCGCCGAGUGGUGCCGUGCUAGCGAUGCUGCUGACAGCGCUGGCGUUCAGCGUGAGCAUGUGCGUUUAUUAAUUAGAUGGGCCGCCGUCUCGUCGGCUGAACGAAGCUUCGGUGGUGAUAUUUAAGAAAUCGUCCAAAGUCCUUAAACGCUUUCCCCGCAAGGGACUCGGAGUUUCAGUUUCGAGGUUUAUUCGGCCCGCGAAAAGAGAUUUAGUGCCGGUUGCAGUUUGUCGCGACCACGACGCGCCAGAUUUGCUAAGGGUACGUCUUGACCUAGUUGGUGGAACGUAGCUGCUAGAAGAAGGGCGCAAUUUGACAUACAUGCACAAACAAGUACAGACGCUCGUGCCGUCUCUACUUCCUGUACAUGGGGCUGUUUGCGCCCGUCUUCUAAUAGUAGAUGUGCUAAGCAACUGAAAAGGAGCACAUGAAAACGCAUGGACACGGUGGGGAAAGUGCUGUGUUGAAACGGCACCGUCGUUGAAGCUGCCAAGCUUUAAUAUCGGGUCUAGUCUCGUGAGAUAGGCGUGGCAAGCGCGCCUUUGCCAAAGCAUCACCCGCGCACGUGAGCUCACAGAAAAAGCCCAAUGUUGAUGUUGGUGAUGAUGCAUGGUGAUGUCCCUCGGGUGCUGCUACUUUUUUUUUUUCUGUAGUCGCGUGAGGCAUACCAUUCUGCAAACAUGCUGUCGACUCAACUAAGUGAGAGAAUGUUGUUCCCAUAUUAGGCGAGGGGAAAGUCUUUUCUCAUCUUCUUUCAAUACUCACUGUCAUGAAUUCUCACAUACACAACGAUAGAGCACGCUUUCGUUACUUGUGCCCAGAUGUUUGCGCAAAAUUAGGUGCUUUCGAAGCUAUGAAGAGGGUUAAUUUUGUCAAAAGGCAUUCGUGUUCUUCUUAGUCUACGACGGUAGCUCAUUAACGUAACAUUGUAUUUGGUACUUUCCGCUAAGUUCUGUACAGGUGUGUCGUCUUUAUUCUUGUGUGUGCAACAUGGCCGCAAUUAUGACAUGACCAAAAUAUUGAAAAUAUGACUACAUAGGGGAUAUGCACUGACGUCACAGAGUUCCUCAUAUGGCAGUACAGCCAGCACGGUGAAAAGCUGCGCGUUAUCUCGGUCCACUUCUCUUUAGCAGCUCAGUGGCGGCUGUGACUACAAGAUGGCGUACGUGACCUCAUGUGAAUGCUCCCCAUAUAAAGGAAGCUUAUCUACCUGGCGUAGUCCCGGUCCUGUCAGUACUUAUGUGAUAACAAAAGAGACAGAUAGAGGAACAACGGGACAUUCGUUGGCAAUGAUCACAUGCUGCAAUGGCUCAGGCAUUAGAAGAGUACAAGUUUUUGCUAAGGCGCAUAAAAGUACGCAAAUGGGAUACAGUAACAAAUAUAAAAGUAAUAAAUAACGCAUGGAAAUACAUUACUAAGGUUACAUUUGCGUACCUAACAGCUAUCACAUUUUCAUAACUUCUUUACACACUUGACCUCUUGGGCCAGGUUCAAAAUAAACGGUAACAUAACCAGAAACACUACGAUGAUAUACGGUUUCAGCUCCACAUCGCGUUUUAAUGCGAAGUGAAACAAAAUGUGCAGCUCUAAAAUAAGGUUAACUUUGCGAGCGUUUGUUCUGCAAAUUGGUAAUUGAAAGCUGCCGAGUCAGAACGAAUUUGUUUACAGAGAAAUAAUGCAAGUUCAGGUCGAAUCAAAUCACUAAGGUGAAGUAUUUUACUCUUCAUUAAAUAAUUCAAACAACGAUCAGCUCGUUGCUUCCCAAAAAUGCCUUUAAUUCCUCGUUUGUGUAAUGCACGCUGUGACGUAAAAUCACUACACAAGAAAGGUAAUACUGUGAACGGAGCUGAAGUGACUGAGGGUCACCGACCAAGCCUGAAGAACUUGAACGGGGAUGUGUAAUACAGCGAGAUGUUAGGCCACGGGGCGAGAAAAUGUUUAUAUUUAUACCAUAGACCUAAAUAUUUCGAGUUGAGUAGACGUAAGGCCGCCACAUGUGCAUUACAAUUGAGACUUUCAUCAACAAGAAAGUCCAAGAAAGUUCUGCGAUGAGGCACACUCGGAUCGCUUUCUUCCUAUCGUAGGUUCGAUGACGUAUGAAUUGUUGUGUUUUUUGGUAGGUACACAAUAUACUUUGUUUUACGGACGUUCCACUCCAGUGUGUUUUGAUGAAUCCACGCAGAUAGCUGCGCGAACAAGACGCUGCAUGCUUUUUCUAAAAUGUGACUGUUCCUUCCUGCGAAACAUGUUUGUGCAAUAUUCACAUUGAAUGGCUUUCUGUGUAAAAUGAAUGUUAAAAGAAUGUUGAGCAUUGGGGGCAAUCCCCUCGCUUAUCAGAGCAAUUAUAUUGUACUGCGCACGUGCUUUCAGAGCGUGAGUUUUAGAAAUAAAAACGAAACUGUGGUAAACAAUAAACCGAGAAAGCGACGCCAGCGUGUGUGGGCAACAUUGUGCCACCGACUCGCCUUAGAGAGGAACUGUUCAAGUGCCGAAUGCUGGAAUUGUUUUUUUAAGGGCGAAACAAAUGCUUUUAUUGACGUUGCGACUUGAACGUAGCUUGACGGCUGCACUGUUAUUUAAGAAAACUUCUAAUAAACAUUCAUGUAUUUUUCUCA